GGCAACCAGCACAGUACGAUGUGGAAGAGGACGGACCACUUGUCCAAGAUAAAAGCUGGGGAUGAAUUCAAGGCGGGUCAGUUGAAAGCUCUGAGAUCGGCUAGUGACCCAGCCACACCACCCCCUGAUGAGAUCUCAGGAUUGCAGAGCUUCCCCGUGCUGGAGGGCAUCAGUCAUUACAUCAAAGAUUCAGGGGCCCAGCUGGUGAAGAAAGUAAAUGCCGUCUUCCAGCUGGAUAUCACCAAAGAUGGCCGGACCAUUCUGCAGUGGACCAUUGACCUGAAGAACAGUGCUGGGGACAUGUACCUGGGACCUGCAGGGCUCCCAGCAGACACUGUCUUCACAAUCCCGGAGUCUGUCUUCAUGGAGUUAGUUUUGGGGAAAAUGAACCCACAAAAGGCUUUCUUGGCUGGCAAGUUCAAAGUGAGCGGCAAAGUUCUCCUCAGCCAGAAACUGGAGAAGGUUUUUAAAGAUUGGGCUAAAUAUUAAGCAUGAAGAA